AUGUGUCACCUGCUGUGUCACCUUCUUUGUCACCUGCUGUGUCCCUGCAUACCACCUCCUUGGAACUUUCCACCAUCAACAGGGAACAAUGAACUAGUUGCCAGGGAACAACGGGCCGCCGCCAGGGAACAACGGGCCGCCGCCAGGGAACAACGGGCCGCCGCCAGGGAACAACGGGCCGCCGCCAGGGAACAACGGGCCGCCGUCAGGGAACAACGGGCCGCCGCCAGGGAACAACGGGCCGCCGCCAGGGAACAACGGGCCGCCGUCAGGGAACAACGGGCCGCCGCCAGGGAACAACGGGCCGCCGCCAGGGAACAACGGGCCGCCGCCAGGGAACAACGGGCCACCGUCAGGGAACAACGGGCCGCCGUCAGGGAACAACGGGCCGCCGCCAGGGAACAACGGGCCGCCGUCAGGGAACAACGGGCCGCUGCCAGGGAACAACGGGCCGCCGUCAGGGAACAACGGGCCGCCGCCAGGGAACAACGGGCCGCCGUCAGGGAACAACGGGCCGCCGCCAGGGAACAACGGGCCGCCGCCAGGGAACAACGGGCCGCCGCCAGGGAACAACGGGCCGCCGCCAGGGAACAACGGGCCGCCGCCAGGGAACAACGGGCCGCCGUCAGGGAACAACGGGCCGCCGCCAGGGAACAACGGGCCGCCGCCAGGGAACAACGGGCCGCCGCCAGGGAACAACGGGCCGCCGCCAGGGAACAACGGGCCACCGUCAGGGAAUAUCCCCGCUUGUUACCGGGUAGUUUUCCACUGUGA